CAAUUAGUGAAAGUGCCAGCUCAUAAAAAUUGGGAGCACUGAUAAAUUUUGUGUAAAUUAAUGUCUUUUCUACUUGAACAACUCUACUUUUGAUCGAUUCCGCAACAACGUCGUGAUACAACAGCAGUCCGUGCAAACAGUGUGGACUCGUCGUCGAAGCAGCAAUUCGAGCUUACAGCGGCAAUUUUCGCAAGAUUUUUCCGCUGCGAGCUAUUUUGAACCGCAAAAAUUGUCGAAUCCGGAUGUUGUAACGCCGCAAAAUAACAUGACGUCGCAGCAACAACAACCCUUUAAUGCCUCCAUGGCAUUUCAGAACAAUAAUGGCGGCGCCGACGGAUGGGAUGAUUGGGAUUGGAAUGAAAAUUCCGCAUCGCCGGCAUCGCAAAUGCAGCAAAAUACCUCUGCGCCGCCCAAAAAUUGGGAAAAUACGCAAUUUUCGUCGCCGUCGUAUGGAAAUAACUUUCAAAAUUCGUAUCAACAGUCGAUGCCGUAUCAACAAACGUCGCCACAGGCUCCAAAUUACUAUCAACAACAGCAAAAUUACGCGCCGCAGCAACAAUUUCAGCAAUUUGCGGCCCCGCCCCCUUCAGAUCCGAACCAAAAUUUCAACUGGAACAUGCAACAAGGCAACAAUUUCCGUUUGUCGCCCACGACAUCGACUGAAGUUCAGCACGGGCAAUCCCGCAGCACGUCAAAUUGCUCGAGCGAGCAACCCCAAGAAUCCAGAAUUCCUGAUGCAAGAAAUAAUACUCCUCAAAUGACACAAGCCACGCCUCCGCCGCCUGCAAUGAUGAAACAAAACCCGCAAAUGGCGCGUUUAAUGAAGACAGAUGCCGCUUUAUCGCCUCAAUGGUCUGUCGAAAGUCAAAUUUCGCAGACCUCGAGUGAAAGAAGCAACGAAAGUGGCGAAAUGGAUUCACGCAGUUCGGCAACUGUCACUUCUGACGAAGGCGGAUUCUAUCAUCAGGUGAAUUCGCAGGUUCUUCAACCCAUUUACGAGCCUCCUAAAGUCGAUAAUGUGCAAGAAACGCGAAAUCCGGGAUCAGAAAUGGAUAAAUUGGAUCAAGCGCUGUACGAAAUGAACGUUUUUCAAGGCGGAAAUCAGCAAUUUGCGUCGCCUGUAACGACUCAAGCGCAAAUUCCGCAUGAAAAUCAUCAGCAAAAGGAAGCUUCGUUACCGCCCCCGCCCCCCAUGACGGGAAAUCAACCGAAUUUCAAUCAAGUUGUUAAACUUCCGUCACAUACACCAUCUCCGCCGCCUGCUUUUAAUCCAAAUGUUGCUUCAGGAAGCGUUUCGGAGCCUCCGAAGAAAGCCACGCCCCCUUUGGCGAAUUUACCGCCGCCUCCAAUGUCGGCCGAUAAGCGUGGAUUGAAUCCUUACAAAAGAACGGGACAUGUGACGCAUCAUAAUGUUGGAUUUCAACAACCAACAAACAAAUUGCCUGCUGUUAUGCCCACGAAUUUCUAUCAGCCCGAACAAGUAACGCCUCCUGCGCCCAUUGUCACGCCCCCAAAUCAUCAAGAACCUGAAACUGCGGAGAAUUUGAGGCCUGUCGAGGGAUUUGAGAAUCAAGAAAGUCCUUUUACGCAACCGCCGGUUGAUGUAACUCACGCUCGUGGCAGAGGAACGCACGUGAAUCAACAAGCCACGCCCCGAAAUGUUCAACAAACGCCCCCUACUGAUGAUUUUUCGAACUACGGAAGGAAUCAAGUGCAAUAUCAAACACCUACAACGCCAGAAGUUCGUCAAAUGCCUGAAAUUCGCCCCGAAAGAGGACACAAUCAAGCUGUUGGGCAGGAAAUUUUCGAAGAUCAACGACGUCGUACAGAUUCGGAUCGUUCGCAAUCGUCGCCGCAUGUUCCUGCGCAGGUACAAGCUCCUCCCAUGCCCGUUCAAGAGCCCGAACAGCAUAACGUGAGUCGUAAUGAUCGCAAUGAAUACCUUCAAACGGGACAUUUGUCUGAAGAUAAUUACAAUUCGCGAGGACCUCCGCCGGGAAUGUCGCGUUACGUUCUCGGAGAACCCGAAAAUGACACGUUAAACAAUCAAGAACCUCCCCCAGGACUUGAUCGAAUGAUUCCCGGCACAGAUUUGGAAAAUAGUCAACUUGAUAUGGCACGCGAAGCUGAUGGGCAAGUCUCAGAUUCGUCUACGGUGCCUCCAAGUCGUCAAUUUUCCACGCCGCGAAGUGUCGCAGCACGAAAUGAAGUCGAAAUUACCGACAGAAAUUUGUAUACAGUACCCGGAGAAAGCGGAGGAAGACCCGCAACGCGCCGCGUAGUGCCCGGAACUGAAGAUAAUCGAUCGCCAACAGCGCCAUCUGUUGUCCAGGUUCAACAAAAUCCCGUUUCGCCGCCUGAAAUUCAAAUUCCCGAACAGGAAAGAGAACUUGCGGUCGACGGAGAGAAUUUAGAAGAUCAAGAACAGCAAAAUUUGGUUCAACAACCCCCUGUGCGACGUAAUGAAAUGACACGAGAAGAUCCGAUAGAGGGCGCUGACACAUUAGAUGAAGCAGCUUCAACGCUUCCGCGUGACACGUCAAAGGCAGAGACAGAAUCGAAUGUCACGGGAACCGAAACAGGUCGCAAAGAGACAUCAACGAACGAAGAUAGCGAUCGUGGCGUGUAUUAUCGCUCGAAAAAAGGUGCUUCCAAGGAGGAUGAACGUCGUGCGAAACCUCCUCCCGCGAGAAAUUCCUCGAAAAAAGACAAAGACGACUACUAUUCAGACUCGGAUUACAGCGAAUCUGAACGUCAUCGAUACCGCGAAGGCAGUGUGCGCGAAGGAAGUGUCAACAAAGGUGAACGCGGAACUCUUGGGCGUCGAAAAGACGACAAAGACCGCGAUCGUGAUCGUCGAGACAGAAAAUAUCGAGAUGAUCGACACGAAAGACGUGGCUAUGACGAGGAUUCGAGACGGCAUGGAAGGCGUCGUGAUGAAAAUCGAGACUAUUACGACAGAGAUGAAUACAAAAAUUCACUUUCGAGACGCAGAAGAGAGAAAAAUCGCGGAGAUGAUGACGAUGAAUAUGCGAAAAGUGAUCGAGAACAUCGCGAUCGUCGUCGAAGAGACAAGUAUGAGGACGAGGAAUAUUUGAAAAGCGAUCGAGAGAGAAAGAGAAAAGAUCGCGAUGCGGAAAAGGAAGAUAGAAGGAGGAAAGAUGACAGAUAUGAUCGAGAUAGAAGGGAGCGUCGUCGUACUGGAGACCGUCGAUAUGACGAAGAUUACGAACAACAACGCAGAACGGGAACAAAAAGUGGAAGAAGUAAUCGAGAAGAUCCGAGAUAUGCGGCGAAUUAUUAUCAACAACCAGGUUACGACUACAACACUCUCGCCUAUUAUCAGCAACACCAACAAUAUUUCGAGCAUUUGCGUCGUACGAAUCCUCAAGCAUACGCGGAAUGGUACCAACGUCUCUUCUAUGCUCAAAGUCAAGCUCCAUCAACUGCUGCUGUAACAACUGAUGGUCGAGAAAGCGUUCAUUCAGGCCGAAGUUCCGUCAACGAUAACAGGUACAAUCGCCCCAUUCAACAGUUUUACGAUCCAAACUACCAUCGGCAACAAAUGAAUCAGUCACAAAAUUCGCUCGCACUGAUGGAUCAAAGUAUUACGAGUGUCGAUUAUAAUCAGGCGCCCAUCAUUCCGACAGCGACGGGAUGGAAUAGUGUCGGACCGGCAUCGUUGCAGGAUCACAGUUUUUACAAUGACAAUAGUUCAUACUAUCAAUCAAGGGGAGAUGCUGUCGCUGCGGGUGUUGACAACUCCAUAAUUGAGGAGCAAUUGCCACAAAGGAUGACUCCGUCGAAGUACACGACUUCUCAUUCAACAGCUUCGUUGUCGCAUGGGCUUUUGGUGUCGGUUAAGCCACGAUAUUCAGUCAAUGGGUUCAAUGAUGUCGUCAAAAUUUUCAGUUUGAGCAUCAACGACUCAACUCGCCGCCUAUUCGCAGUCUAUCCAGGCCCCCUUCAACGUUCUUCGACACACAAAAAAUCCGUUAUUGAGUUCUGCGAGGAGCAAAUUCGUCUUGGACCAUUUUCCUCUGUCGCCGUUAAAUCACGUGGCAAUUCUAUGUCGAGCAUUAGUUCCGCAAAUCAGCAAAAUCGAGCAUCCUACACACUUUUGUGGAAUUAUUUGAUCCUGUUGUUGCGUCAAAAUGGGUCUUGCAUCGGCACUGACAUCUCCGAGUUGCUUAUGCGGAAUCAAAAAGACUUUCCGUUCGAGACAAAAACCUCAAAUAACGGCAGUGGGCGUGAUUCAGCUCUUUCGAACAUCAAAGAGUCACGCGAAAAUUCUCCUGUACAUGAAAAUGAACCACAAAAUGAUGCUGAAAACGAGGAUGAGGGACAUCGUUCGUUCGACGAGGAGCAAGUUGAGGAGAAAAAAUCACUUACUGAAGAGGAAGUCACGGAAAAAUUCCGAAAUUAUUUGAUUUACGGUAAUUUGGAUGAAGCUCUCGAAUGGGCGACAGAAAAUAAUUUGUGGGGACACGCUUUGUUCCUUGCCUCGAAGGUCAAUAGACGGCAACACGCGAACGUUAUGAUGAAAUUCGCGAAUAAAUUGCCCUUAAAUGACCCGUUGCAGACACUUUAUCAACUAAUGAGCGGCAGAACGCCUUAUUCGGUGAGUUGCUUUGCCGAUGAAAAGUGGGGAGACUGGCGUCCCCAUUUAGCGAUGAUCAUGUCGAACGAACAGGAACGUGCGGAGCUCAAUAGAAAGUCAAUUACGGUGCUUGGAGACUCGUUAUACAACCGAGGCGACUAUUUUGGAGCUCAAUUCUGCUAUUUAUUGGCUGAAGUUCCCUUUGGCAAAUAUCCGGAUGUCAAUCAAGAAUCAAAUUUGAUCGCAAACAGUCCAAAUGCAGUCAGAUUGGUACUUUUGGGAACGUCACAACACAAAAAUUUCAAAGAAUUCGCCAUCAACGAGGCUAUUAUCAUGACUGAGAUCUACGAAUACGCCCGUUCGUUGUACAUUGAGGAAUUCUGUAUCGUAGAACUUCAAAUGUACAAAUUCCUUUUGGCAACCCGAAUCCUCGACUAUGGCAUGCAACUGAAAUGCCUUCUCUACAUGGAACAAAUUUCAAAGACAAUUUUGAAGUAUCCGUCGAAGUUUGAGCCCAAAUUUAUCGAACGCGUUUACGUUCUCGCUGACCGUCUCAAAUACUAUGAUCCAGUUAUGGAAAAAGCCUUGGAUGAGAAUUACGGUACAGAGAAUGUAGAAGACCAAAAAUGGUUGCAAGAUCUCAGGGAUGUCCUAAAUCAGUAUAAUCUUGGUGCCUUGACAUACGACCAGCAAUCCCGCGACAUUUCCUUCAUGUCAAAAACCCCUCUGCCUCCGCAAAUUCAGGCCUCACCACAAACUGAAACUGCUCCAACCGGAAGUCAGCUCGACAAGGAAUUCAACGAAAUCAACCAACAAUUCAGCCAAUUGAACUUGCAGUAUCAACAACCGACGACGACUGUAACUGAACAACAGCCUCAAGUUCCGUUUUAUCCAACGGGAGGCGAAACAACGUCACAAGAACCUGUUCCUGUGCCGACUUUUAACACGGGCGCCGUUCAAGAACAAGCGACGCAAGAAAAUUAUAGUCAAGAAUAUUCGUCGGGAAACGAUCAGUACAGCUACAAUCAGCAAUCGGCGCCGCAAGAUCAAGUCGAUCAAAGUAAUUAUUACAGCGGGCAGUAUGGUUAUGACCAAAAUCAGGGUUUGGGAUACGAACAACAACAACAAAGCAGUUACGAUUAUUACGGACAACAAUCCCUGAACGCCAAUGAAGAGCUAAAUAUGGAACAAAGUCUCACUGAUCCUUCUUUAGUUCGGAAAUUAUCAAAUCAAUCUGAUCGUUCUUUCACUUCAAACCACACAAAUUACUUGUCGCCCAGCUCGAAUCAGGAAACGCCGCGACCUUCGAUUACGAUGCCAGGCACGAACAGCAACAAGUCGGCGUACUAUGAUGACGAUAAUUCGGGCAGCGCGAGUCUUGGAGGAGCGCAAGAGCAAAAAGCAGCACAGGAGCAAAGUAAAAAAGCGCCGGCGAAGGAUGCUGGAAAGCAGCAAGGAAAUGCGAAUCAAGGUUCUGGAUGGUUCGGAGGAAUUUUCAACAAAUUAUCGUUGAAGCCAAAAAAUCAAAUGAAAUUACCUGAUGAUAAAAAUCCAAGUAUUGUGUGGGAUCCCGACAAGAAACGCUGGGUAAACACUGAAGGAGGCGAAGAAGAGCAGGAAUCGUUCAAACCUCCGCCAAAAAUGGCUGAUUUAAUGCCGAAACAGCAACAACCGAUGCAAGUUCCAUCGCAACCGACACCCACAGUCCCCAUGAUGGAUCAAAAUGCAGUUCCAACGAUGCCAAAUGGACCAAUGACGCAACAACCACAAAGCGAGCAACCAAAACCGCAAAGUUCGGAGCCCGCGCCGACACCAAGAUUGCAAUCAAACAUGUAUAAAAUGCAACGGAAUCGAACUCUUAAAAAAUCAUACGUAGACGUCUUUAAUCCAUCUGGAGCGCCAAUGUCGAAGCCUGCAGAGCAAAUUAUGGCACCAGCAAUGCCUUCUGCUGCAACUCCUCAAACGGGAUUCUUUGUGCCUGGCGGACAACAGGCAACUGAACCUCAAGCAAAUGGUGCUCCUCAAUUUUACGAUCCAAAUCAAUACAACAGUUACCAACAAUAAUCUCCUUUAGUGAAAAAAAUCGUUAGAUGCUAAGUAACGGACUGCUCAAGGAAAAAAAUGCUUAAAAAUAAUUACUAAAAAAAAUCACUUGGCUUUAAAAAAAUUACUUAGAAGAGACUCGAUAGAAUUUUUU